UCAUUCUGCCCUGUUACAUCUAACUCAACAUCAGCGCUGAGGACAUGAGAGUUGACUGGUUCAGAGUCAACCUCCCAGACCCUCAGUCAAACAUUCGAGUCCAUCUCUACCAAGACGGCAGAGACAAAUACCAUGAUCAGAUCCGCUCCUACGAAGGAAGGACAUCAUUGUUUAAAGAGGAACUGAAGAAGGGCAACACCUCUUUGAAACUGACCAGGGUACAAGGCACUGAUGAUGGACAGUACAAAUGUCUUGUUGAGUCUAAGACCCAUUAUGAUGAUGCCACUAUUCAAGUCCACAUAAGAGGUACAUUUCUUUCCCCAUAUAUACAACAACCCACAGCGAAGUGUUUCCAAUCUCAGCAGUACUUCAUCUCCAGUCUCCCUUUGUGUCUGUAGCUUUAGGAUCCAAGCCAGAGCUUUCCAUUGAGGGACAGAAAGAAGGAGGGAUGGGUCUGCUGUGUGUAUCUAAAGGCGGGUUCCCUGAGCCUGAGUUGGAGUGGCUGGACAGUGAAGGGGUCACUCUGUCUGCUGGACCUUCAGAGACAGACAGGGACUAUAAGGGGUUCUACAUAGUCAAACUAAAGACCAUUGUAAAGGAGACUGACACCAACCACUUUACCUGCAGACUCAGACAGAGGCAACUCAGUGAGCAGAUCAACAUGGAGACAGAGUUUCACAUCUCUAGUGAGUUGCACAACAUCAUAUUAUUGUUUAGCUGAUAUGAAACACUUUUCAUGUUUUAGAUGCUUUUGUAUUACAAAGGCUGAGUAAUAAUGAAACAUAAAUAGGACAAUUGGAUACAAGUUUGUCAACAUUUUAAGAACACUAAAGUAUUCUAAUGUCAAAAUGAAAUGUUGGUUUUGUAGAUCCAGCUGUAUGCCUCCACCCCAAAUGAAUGGAAAACCAGGAAAUGAGAUGGCUCUCAAAUGUUCCAUUCAUUUGGCAUUGAGGCAUAUAGCUUGAUCAACACACCUGAUGUCAUGGGAUGUGGUUUCAUUUUGACAUUAGUCUGCAUUUGAGGUCUGUAAAAGCUUGACAAAUCAUUAUUUAUGAGUGAAAUGUCCCUUCAAUUGUAUUAUUUGGUAGCAGUGGUAAGCAUGUCACUGAUCUCAGUUGAUUUGUGUCUUGCAGGUGAGCUGAUCCUUGUUCACACAGACACAUGGAGAGUGGCCUUUGCAGUGAUUGUCUCUCUGAGCAUUGUCCUUGUGGUCAUAUUAGCUUUCACCAUCUGGGGCUGGAAUCGUUUGUCCAAUGACUACGGUAAUAGAAAACGAAUUAAAGAGUUUAUUUGACUGAAUGUAAAUGUUUUACAGUGCAGUUUCCAGAGUGGCAUACACAAGGAGUUGGGUACUAGAACCGAAAGCUUGCUAGUUCGAUUCCCUGAGCCGACAAGGUGAAACGAAUCAGUUGAUCUACCCUUGAGCAAGGCACUUAACCCUAAUUGCUCCAG